GGGGCGCUUGUUUCCUCCUAUCACCUUCCUUUCUGAGCCCGCUCCCCUUCAGGCCAUUUUUACAAGUUCACAUCCAGCACAUGGCUUCGGUUGUCGUCGCCGGACCCGCCAAGGCUGCUCUAGAUUCCCUAUCUCCCGCACAGAUUGAUUUCAUCAAUGGCCUUCCGAAGGCUGAGCUGCAUGCACAUCUUAACGGCUCCAUACCAUUGAAUGUCUUGCGAUCUUUGGCUCUCAAAUACGCGAAAGCACCAAACGCAUCCGUCUCCUCCGCUGCAAUCGAAUCCGGUAUCCAAGCUCUCCAAUCCGGCGUCAAUCUCGACACCAUUCACUCCUUCUUCGACCUCUUCCCCGCAAUCUACGCGCUCACAUCGGCCCCCGACACUGUCGCCCUGACCGCACGUGCGGUCCUCGCCGACUUCCUCGACGGUUCGAAUCCACAGUGUGCAUACCUCGAGCUACGCAGCACACCACGCGCGGUAUCCUCUACGGGCAUGACGCGUUUGUCGUACGUCGAGGCUGUGGUCUCGGAGGUUGAGCGCUAUCCUGCCGAGCGUGCGGCGCUCAUUGUCAGCCUGGACCGCCGGAUGAGCGAUGAAGAUGCCGAGGAGUGCGUCGCGAUUGCGAAGAAGCUCAAGGCUGAAGGCCGGCGUAUUGUUGGAGUUGACCUCUGUGGGAGUCCGCUGGCGGGCGAUAUGACCAAAUUUGGACGGCACUUUGAGGCGGCUCGCGAAGCUGGGCUCGGGAUCACUCUGCACAUUGCGGAGACACCGGAUAAUACGCGCGAGGACACGCUACAGCUGCUGUCCUUCAAGCCCAACCGUCUCGGGCACGCUACGUUCCUCGAUGACGAGACGAUUCACGCAGUAGUCCAGGCGGACACCUGUAUCGAGCUUUGCCUGAGCUCCAACCUCCUAUGCAAAACCGUCACUUCGCUCGACGCCCACCACAUCCGCCAUUACCUCAAGCACAAUCACCGAGUAGCAGUCUGCACCGACGACGCGCUUCCCUUCAGGACGAACCUCGUCGCUGAGUAUGCAUUACUCCUCGCUGCGCCGCCGUUAGGGCUCGGGCUAUCGGAAGCGGAGGUAGCGAAGAUCGCACAGAUGGGAAUGGAUUCACGGUUCAGGUAAAUUGUAGCCUUCAGAGUCUUUUGCAGAACGUGGCAUUGUAGGGAAUCAUUACUAAUAUGAUCGAGACUCGGACUAUUAGAUGGGAUAUAUAAGUACUGUACAUGUGAUGAUGAGGAAAUAUACAGUCAUAGGUCAGUAAACAACAAAGAAUAAAUACAAUGCGCGAAACGCCCAAUGCGUUCGGUGAAGC